AGUAAUCGGAAUUUCAAUCGUCAAUGCUGUUAAGCAUUACAAGAUCGGCCAAUAAGCCUCUCAGCAAGAAAUGUGCUUAAUUUUAAUUCCUUAACCAUAAUCAAAUUCUACCCACCGAUUGGAAAUACACGUUGGAAGACGCCAAGAAUAAUUCCUGUAUCAUGGUUUCGGCCAUUAUAUACUUAGGAAUUGACUAUGUGGAUAAAUACAACGAGACAUGUUACGCCGUUGUUGAUGUACCCCGAGUAACAAACAUUUCUGGUAAUUGCUUCGCAGGUUUUAUAAAUUUGACCUGGAACAAUCCCACAGUUUCGAAAGAGAAUUCAUUAGAGUUCUGGUUUGGACGAAAGUCGACACAUUUUUAUCUUUGGAGAAUUUUUGCGAGUAUUUUUCAGGAUCCCAAGUAUUUUCAGAAUUUGACUGAAGAUCACCGCUAUGAAAGGUUUGAUGGCGACUAUCUUGCCGAUUUCCUGGCUACGCCGAUCGGACAUUCGGCUACUUGUGAUCAGGUCGGCGUGCUCAAUGGAAUUAAAGGCUGGCAGAUAAACCUUAAUGGGGCAGAAGUCGAAGCAUUCAGGGAAGGCAGUCCAGGUCGGAGGGAUUUUAGUCCAGCAUUGAAAUGUGGGAGCAAACUUUCUCCUUCUUCUUCUUCUUCCCUUGGAGGAGGGGCCAUCUCCGUCAUAGUAAUUGGAUCAAUAGCGUUACUCGUUUUUAUUAUAAUGGGUGUGUAAUUGGUUUGCCGUCGAUAAUCAAAAAUACACUUUAACAAUCUUUUACUUGGAAUUAGGUAAUUACUUGGUUAAGUACGGAUUUAAAGGAUUAUGUGCACAAUUUAUUAAUUAAAUUUAUCUUGUUUUAUAACCGGUUAUGGAAAUAUUAUUUUAAAACUAAUCCAGAGGCUUAAAAUUUAGCUUACCUUUUCAUGCAGAAUUUCAAAAAAGUUAAUAAAGUAGUAAUUAAGUAUAGGAUUUACUAGAAAAUCGUAACUAUACAAUUGGUUUCUAUAAUACAGCUAAUAAGCAGUAGCAACAACUUAAAUACUUAAUUAAUAAUCCAAUCAAGUUUUUUCAAACGUUACUAAAUGUCCACAUUUUAUUAAACACAUUUCUCGAGCAUUACUAGGGUAGUAAACAAAAUCAAAAUUUGGGCUAAUUUACCUACAAAUAUUGGCGUUCUUAAUGGCUUCUCACAAAUGCUAGAAUAAUUUGUUUGCCAAUGACAAUUUAAUAAAUUGAAUUUAUGUAAUAAAAAAAUCGAUAUCGCAAUAUGGCAAAAGUUUAUUUUUAAUAUUUCGUAACCACCAGAAUAAGUGCUAAUCCAAAUUUCUCAAAAUUAGGUAACUUAUUUAGUGACCCAGUCAAGGCUAAGCUUUGUAUUGUGAAAGGUUUUGCAUAGAGCUUAUACAUAUAUUCAUGUAAUUUACAAUAAGUUGCUACAAGUAACGCUUGCACGAUUAAGUCAUGUAUGAUUUUAUCGAUCACUUGACUCUGAACAGAAUAAGUAUAGAACCAACUAGAACUCCGGGAACCAUAGACUAUGUAAGUUACGUAAUGGUUGCAUUAGUACUUUGGGUAAUUUUAAACCGGAUAAAAUAGAAAUUAGUAGGGUUGGUAAUCGGAUCCAAGUUUAUAUGGGUCGGAUCGGAUCGGAUCGGAUUACUCAAUGCUUUAGUAAGUUACUCGGAUCAAUCCGGUGGAUCCGAGUACCAACACUAGAAAUUAGGGAAAAAAGAAGAAUCAUUAUAAUUUUGGUUUUUAGCAUGUUUGUUCGAGUUGCAAAGUUUCUACGCUGUUAAAAAUCUGUCCGAAUGGAAUUAACUGGUAAUAACACAUUACGACAUUUUUAACCAUAAUACAAUAAAUAAUCGUUAAUAUAAUUCGCUAUUAUCGUUCCGGCAGAAUCUUGUACUCUGCACAGUAAUGAUUAAAUAUUAGUUUUGAGUUAAUUUUUGGUGUGUCACCCAGCCAGCUUUUAAGUUAUUGUUGGUUUCGAUUACACGUGGAAAACAGACAUGUCAAAUUCUAGGUUAGAAUACCCUGUUCUGAACAGGAUAUGAGAACAAACUUGUGCAGCAGUAAAAUAUUUAAUAUAGUAUAUAUGCGAAUAAAUAAUUACUUACCUCUUUCGAUUAAUGUAUGCCACGGGUACUUCAAUUCCAUAAUAAAUUUGGCAUUUUCCAAAUAAUCGUUGGUACGACGAAAUUUAUUAGCGAUAUGCAUAUCUUAGUUCAUUCUUUUCCAAUAUUUUAAGUUAAUAUGUAAACAUCUCAUUAAACGAUUUAAUUUUGUUUAGUCGGCAUAACAACUUAUUAAUUCAGAAAGGAGGAAAUGGAGAAGGAAAAUUGGGAAAGGUCGUGUUAAACACCGGAUGCAACAGACCAACAAGAAGAAUUCAAUAGCUCCCAUGCCACACAGGGUGAGCUAAUAAACGAGACUAAAGUUUAGUCAGGAUUAUGGGCGGAGAAAUUCUUAACGAAAUUAGAUGCGAUAUUGGGGCUGAAUUCCGCAUAUUAACAAACAUGAUCAUGCGGGAUGAUCGCAUUUACAUGUUUGUUAAAGCAAAAAAAAAUGAGACUAUUUA